CUUUGUCUCUCCUCCCUUCUCUCCUCCUCCUCUCUCUCAGUCAGUGCGCCCAGUUGGCACAUGCAGGAACGAUUGAAAGUGACACACUCUGAUUAGAAACCGGUUCUUUUUGCACCGACAAAUCUCCCUAUUUACUGUAACUCAGACGCCGGUUGCUUCUCGGUGAAGUCCGUGUUUUAGUGUUUUAGUGUUUUUUGUCUCCCAGGUUUGUGUUGUUUUCUUUUUUCUUUUCCAGCUGCGUCGCGUCAUUUGUGCGCUUUUUUUCCCCUCUCCACCGAGGAUGAAGCCAUGAGUUCAGAGGAGCGCAGACUUGUGCCACAGCAGAGACGCGCGUUUUGAUUUUGAGCUAAAAAGGAGGACAAAAGGAGGAUAAAAAGUGCAUCGAAAAUAUCAAGUUUUUGUGCGUCUCUCUUCGCCUCAGACGAGCAUCCUCCGUCCACCUCUCCUCUCACUUUACGCACUAUCCUCGCCUCCUCUCCACCUUCACCACUCCACCACCACCAGUUACUAACUUGUGGAUCUCCGGUCCGGUCUCCAGAUUGAUCCGCAACCUCUGAUCGUGAUCCUCGUGUCUCCAGGAGGCGACUCACAGCCCAGCCCUGGAUUCAAUACUCCUGAUCAAUGGACAGAGCCUCCUCAGCGGCCAGCAGCGCUACAGACACGCAGUAAACAACUCGUUCUCUCUGGCUGGAGCUCCUCUGGGGGUCUGGAGGAGGAUGGAACGAGGAGGGGAGAGUCCCAUCACCCAGGACAGUCCUGAGCGGAGGGGAGGCAGCCCGGACCUCGGCGGCCUCCCACCGCCGGGGAAGAAGGGCCGCUUGGAGCUCAACGGGAGCCCCACUGGGCCGCGCAUCCGCCUCAACGGAGCCCCGCUGAGGCCCCUAGGAGGUCUGAUGAUUCCAGUCUUCUGUGUGGUGGAGCAGGCGGAUGGAGGCAUUCAGAGUCAGACUGAUGUAUGUGAGGGGAGAGAGGAGCAUGCAGAGUUUGUGCUGGUCAGGAAGGACAUCCUCUUCUCUCAGCUGGUGGAGACGGCUCUGCUGGCCCUCGGAUACUCCCACAGCUCGGCGGCACAAGCCCACGGUAUCAUCAAGGUGGGAAGGUGGAACGCUCUGCCCAUCCACUUCCUGACUGACGCACCGGAAGCGACAGUCGCCGACAUGUUGAUGGAGGUCUACCACAUGGUCACGCUACGCAUCCAGCUGCACAGUUUUUCAAAGCUGGAGGAUCUGCCCUGUGAACAGUGGAACCACGCGACGGUCAGGAACGCUCUCAAAGAGCUGCUGAAGGAAAUGAACCAGAGCACUCUGGCCAAAGAGUGUCCUCUAUCACAGAGUAUGAUUUCCUCCAUAGUGAACAGCUCCUACUACGCCAACGUCUCCACCGCCAAAUGCCAGGAGUUUGGUCGUUGGUACAAGAAGUAUAAGAAAAUCAAAGUAGAUUACCUGGAGAAGAUGUGGGCCGGACGAGAUCCUGCUGACAUCAAAAUAGAGAGAGACACCAUGGCCGACUUCUGCGUGCUGGGCCAGAGACCUCCUCCUCACCUGGCCGGCCUGGCCCAGCUCAGUCACCUGGGAGCCGGCAGCCCCCUCCUGAAGGCGGUGUCUGGAGAUCUGCAGUCGCCCUCCCAGCAGCCUCAGCAGCCUCCUCCUCCCCAACAACAGCAGCCGUCGCCCCACGGCCCCCUCCACCACAGCCCUCCUCUCCGUACGGGCCAGGUGCCUCAUCCGCCCCCGCCGCCUCCACCCGGCUCCCUGCAGCCCCUGCUGGGGCCAGGUGGGCUGCUCUCCCCUCAACUCUCCCCGCAGAUGGUGCGUCAACAGCUCGCCAUGGCCCACCUCAUCAACCAGCAACUAGCCGUUAGCCGCCUGCUGGCCCAUCAGCACCCGCAGGCCAUCAACCAGCAGUUCCUCAACCACCCGCCCAUCCCUCGGGGUUCGUCCAAAGGCGUCGGCGACCAUCCCGGGAGCAACCCCUCGUCCUCCGAGGUCUCCUGUGAAAUCUACCAGCAGGUCAGAGACGAGCUGAAGAGAGCUAGUGUCUCCCAGGCCGUGUUCGCCCGUGUGGCUUUCAACCGCACACAGGGUUUGUUAUCAGAGAUCCUGCGGAAGGAGGAGGACCCUCGCACCGCCUCGCAGUCUCUGCUGGUGAAUCUGAAAGCGAUGCAGAACUUCCUGAUCCUGUCUGAGAGCGAGAGAGACCGGAUCUACCAGGAGGAGAGAGAGCGCACCAUGAACCCUACGGUCGGCCUCCCCGCCUCCAACUCCUCCAACCCUGGACCGCCACGCCUCUCACAGAAAGUGUGGGAGAGGGGCUUGGAUGACCAGAUCACUCCUGAUACCUGGGCCUCCAUCUGGAAGAACAAGGCUAAGAUCUCCAACUCGCCAAAGCCGUGCGGCCCGGUCCCCGACCUCUCGCUGAAGCUGGAGUCGCUGGUCAACAUUACGUCAGGCAUCUACGACGAAAUUCAGCAGGAGAUGAAGAGAGCCAAGGUGUCCCAAGCGCUGUUCGCUAAAGUCGCCGCCAACAAGAGCCAGGGUUGGCUGUGUGAGCUGCUCCGGUGGAAGGAGAACCCCAGCCCAGAGAACCGCACCCUGUGGGAGAACCUGUGCACCAUCCGGAGGUUCCUGGCGCUGCCGCAGCCCGACAGAGACCUGGCGUACGAGGAGGAGUCCAGACACCAUCACUCCGAGAGGCUGCACACCGUCCUCCACCUGCCACAGGACACACAGCUCUUCUGUCUUUCUCGUCAGGCACUCCACAGGCCACCCCCGACCCCAAUGAAGGAGCACCGCCUGUCUCCGAUGCGUGAAGAGCAGUCAUCUCUCACCCCGGUGAAUGACGAAGGGUCACAGAAUAUGGUAACAGGGGCUGCAGGCGUCUGUCAACCUGGCUCUGUUAUCAGUGCUGGGAGCAACAAGAAGCCACGAUCACGCACUAAGAUUUCCCUGGAGGCCUUGGGUAUCCUGCAGAGCUUCAUCCAGGAUGUCGGCCUGUACCCGGACCAGGAGGCCAUCCACACCUUGUCAGCACAGCUCGACCUGCCCAAACACACCAUCAUCAAGUUCUUCCAGAACCAGCGCUACCACGUCAAGCACCACGGCCGCCUCAAGGAGCUGGGCGAGGGAGCCGCCGCCAGCGGAGGUGUGGACGUCAGCGAAUACAGAGAGGAGGAACUGCUUUCGGGCUCAGAGGACCCGGAGUCUAGCGAGGACGGUACUGAGGAGAUCUACCAGACCACAGACGGGAACGGUGGGAGCACAGCGGGGCUGAACCAGCCUCCGGCUUCCUCCAGCUCCAACUCAAGCCAGUCGUCCUCAGGGAACAACAUUGCUCAGGAGGAAGACAAGGUGCACGGCCGGCCCGGUGGCCCUCUGGGCCCCGGAAGCUCCUCAUCCAGUCCCAGAGAGCAGGCCGACUACCAGAGGUAGAGACUGACACACAGAGAGGAGAGGACAGAGAGAAAGACGGAGGGAGAGGAAACAAGAUAAAGAAAAGGUCUAUGAUAAUGAAGUGAGGAACUGGUCAUGAAUUGAUGGAGGGUCGGGAGGCUGAAAUAUACUGUAAACCGCUGAUACGACCAGACGGACUCUUUAUAAUGACAAUAUCAGACAUCUGUGAACACCUGAUGUGUGGAGUGAAAAUACCUCAGCAAAAAGACUGACACAGCAGCGGUUGUGUAACUGUGAAAGAAAGUUUUCCCCCAAAAAACAUUUAAAUAAUUCAAUCGCAAACUCUCAUUACCAGGUAAUCUAUUGCUGCUCAUGCCACAAAACACAAGACAAAAUCUCCACAUGUCGACAACCGAAAGACAAUCCAAGGCGGCGGGAUUUCAUCGGCUUCGGGCCAGAAAUAGUUCCUGUUCCUCUUCUCUAAAGUCUGAGCACAGUCACGUAAGACAUACCAACAUGCUGGGUUCAAUUUGCCCCGCUGAGUGACAUUUAUAGUCUGGAUUUCCGGAGGCCUUCCCAGACCUCUACGAUCCUAUAAAUCCUCAGGACCCGAGAACGUGGACAGACGGCACUCCACAAGCUCCAUUUCAUUGUGGAAAAAGGAAACGACCACCACCAUCACCACAACCUGCCCUCGCCUCACCGUCACGCGCCAGAAUCACUACCAGUCCUAUCGAGCACUUAACUGUUCACAAAGACACUGAUAUUUUGUGGAUGUACUCUCGCCUCCCUCUCUCUCUGUCUCUCCUCUCAAGGCUCACAAAACAGUGUGAGGUUUUAAAAAUUGACAGCGGACAGUCUGGCAGGAGGACAGUGGACAAGAGGAUGUGGCGUGGAGGGACACUCGAGGAUUGUGUGCCCACGGACUCUGAACCCUUUCCUGGCUACCACUCCGCGUAUGUGUGGCGAGAAAAAUGUCCAGAAAGGAAGGACAGAGCGGAGAUUCAGCAACCAAACAAUCAGUCACUUUAUGUGCGGUAGUCCACUCUUCCUCUCCUCUCUCCAUCUCACUCUCUCCCCCCUUUUCCUCUCUCUAAUUGGUGCCCACAGUCUUGUGUUUCACCACACCUACCCGCACUUAAACUUCACCAACCCUAUUUAUUGCUAUCUUUAUCCAUGAUUAUUAUUAUCAUUAUUGUUAUUAUUGUUGUUAUUAUGGUUAGAAUUGCUGUCAUCGCGUGCUAUUUUUAGUUUUUUAUUUCCAUGGGUUUAAAUAUUGGUUUUCAGAACUGGGCGGUGGUUUGGGAAACAAGAGACAUUAAGAGUGCUCUGCCCUAAAAAGAAGAGGAAGAAAAGGAGCAGAGAGUGAAAGAAAAAGAAAAAAGAAGCAGUUACUGAGUGUUAUUAGGUAAAAAAAAAAACGUCCUGUCAUGUUGUAUUAUGCCAUUUUUUUAUAGUUCCCAAAAAUAGUAAAUGAGAGAAAUAGUUAAGAAAGCGAAACUGUUGCCGCAGUUGAUGACAAUCUACUUUUUUGAGCCAUUACAGAAAUGUGGCAGGUUUGUUCUUCACUUUUGAUGUCUGUAAAUACCCGACACGGGAUAAAUUGUUAUUGAUAUACUUUUAUUUUUUGCUGAGUGACUUUAAGUGUUUGAGCCAGUUUGGAUUUAUCAGAAGUUUUGUUUUUCUUUUCCUUUGGACAACUCAGUGAAAUCGGUUCAUUUUCAUUGUGCCAGGCGAAUUCAAUCACAAGAGUAUUUAAAAAAGAAUUGAUUUUGAUUUUUUUUUGUUUGCUUGGUGUCAGUUGUGUACAAGUAUACAGUAUGUUUAAAAACAAAAAAAAAAUAUCUGAGAAUGGAUAGUGUCCAUGUUGUUUGACUAUCCCGAUCGGCUGCUACACUCAGACAGAUGACCUGCCUUUUAAUGAUUACGUCGACUCCAAUCACUCCGUAUGAUGAUAUUGUGCUUUUCUGUACGACAGGAAUCAGGGUUAGACUCGAAUGCAGUUCCAAUGAAAUCUUUAGUUCAUCCAGCGUUGAAGUGAAUUAAAAUUUGUGAAUUCAAA